AUGGAUGGCGGCGGCGACGAGGCGCUGCGCCAGGAGCUGAACGGCGCCAACCGCCUCGCGGAGUUUCGCCUGAAGAAAGUCAUUGAGCUGAAGGGCGAGGUGCUGCGCCUGCGCCGUCUGCUCCUGAGCGUGCGGGGCGGCAGCGAGGCCCUGCAGCGCCGCGGUUCCACGAAAAGACGCGAUGGCUCCCUCCCCACGGCCACUGCGGCGGCUGCAAUACAGCCGGGAGAAGCGGGAUUCAAGCAGCAGCGGCGGCGGCGGGUGGCGUCUUCGCCGUCGCCGUGCCUUCCCGCCGCCUCCGCGCAAGUGGAGUCGCCCGGGCCGCGUGUGUCGUCCGCGCCGUUGCGCGCGGGGUUUGGGGGUGGCCGAGCCUCCGCCAGCGCCGCCCGGCGGCUGUGGCCCUCCGCGCCGCGGGGCGGGUCCCAGCGGCUGUCGUCGCCGUCGCUGUCCACGCAGCCCACCGCGGCCCGACCAAAGCUGACGACGCGCCCGUUCAUCAAACUUCACACCGGUGUUGAGCUGCGCGGCCCGAAGACGUUCAAGCGUGUGCCGCCGCCAUUGUCGCCGUCGCUUUCUGUGGCGGCGGCGUCCAACGCCACUUCGGCCGCGCUGGACGGAGUUUCUGCCGUCGGACUCACCCCGCCACCGUCCCCGUCGUCGCGCCUGUGCUCCUCCCUCGCCAUUCGCCAAGAGCACGAGGGCGUUCGGGAGGCCCUCGCGAUGCUGCGUGGCAUUGUGCUGCGCGCCGACCGCAGCAUGCUUUCAACCCUCACGACGCUGAGCAACCGCCGCAGCAUUGAGCACGCCCUUCCCACCGCGCUGGCAGAGUUCAAGCAGUGCCUGUUGCGUGUUCACCCGUGCUUGGGUGGCAAGUUGCGUGAGGGCGAGGCGUGGCCCAUUGCCGAGGACGAGAGGGAUGCGUUGGAGGUAGUGGAGGCGCCCGGCAUGGCGGCCGCACUGCGGGACCUUGUCGUCACGUACGACUACACAGCAUGCGUCUACCAGCAGACGCUUCAUCAGGAGGACGGCAGGAUCGCCGUGAGACUCGCAAAGGCGAUCCAUGAGCUCCACGCCAACGUGUACGUGCUGCUCGCGCUGGCGCAGUGCCCCGCCGCGCUCCGUUAA